UGUUGCUAUGAGGUGAUGGUGGUCGCCUCGCCCCCUCAAGGCUGCUUCCCUAGACACUUGUUAUCAAGAGUGCCUUGUUCCUCUCACUCCGCUAGACGAGACUACAGUGAUACCCUAUGCAUACAUUUUUAUUUAAUCCAGGGGGCUCACACUCUCACCCCACUGUGGCGCAGCUACAGCUCUGCUGCUCCUGCCACUAAGCUCUACAUUAAUGGCAAGUUUGUAGAAAGUAAAGCAAAGGAGUUUUUUGAUGUCCACAAUCCUGCUACAAAUGAGGUGGUGACUCGAGUACCACUGGCGACUCAAGAUGAGAUGGAAGCAGCAGUAACAGCUGCCCGUGAGGCCUUCACCACCUGGAGCCAGACGUCUGUUCUCACUCGCCAGCAGGUCAUGUUCAAGUAUCAGCAACUGAUCAGGGAGAACAUUCACGAAUUGGCAAAGAUCAUCACACGGGAGCAAGGAAAGACACUGGUGGAUGCUGAAGGAGAUGUCAUGAGAGGCCUGCAGGUGGUGGAGCACUGCUGCAGUAUCACCAGCUUGCAGCUUGGGGAAACCAUGCCCAGCAUCUCCAAGGAUAUGGAUACACACUCAUAUCGUGUUCCUCUUGGAGUGUGUGCUGGUAUUGCUCCAUUCAACUUCCCCGCUAUGAUUCCUCUCUGGAUGUUCCCUGUUGCCCUGGUGUGUGGCAACACCUACGUGUUCAAGCCAUCAGAGCGGGUCCCUGGUGCAGCCAUGUUGCUGGUAGAGCUGCUGCAGGAAGCUGGCUGCCCUAGUGGGGUGGUGAAUGUGAUCCAUGGCCAACACAAAGCUGUCAGCUUUAUCUGUGAUGAUCCACACAUCAGGGCCAUCUCCUUUGUGGGAUCUGACCAAGCUGGCAAAUAUAUCUACGAGCGUGGCUCCUUGAAGGGCAAGCGUGUGCAGUCAAACAUGGGUGCCAAAAACCAUGGAGUGAUCAUGCCAGAUGCCAACAAGGAGAGCACCCUGACCCAGCUUGUGGGAGCUGCCUUUGGUGCUGCAGGACAGAGGUGUAUGGCCCUGAGCACUGCCAUCUUUGUUGGGGAAUCUGCCAAGUGGCUGCCAGAGCUGGUGGAGCGCUCCAAGAACCUGAAAGUGAAUGCUGGACAUGAAGCUGGAGCAGAUUUGGGGCCAGUCAUCUCCCCAGCUGCUAAGGAGCGCAUCUGUAGUCUGGUUCAGUCUGGCAUUGAGGAGGGUGCCAAUUGCAUGUUGGACGGAAGAGGUCUCGUUGUGCCAGGUUAUGAACAAGGAAACUUUGUGGGACCAACCAUCCUCACUGAUGUUAAGCCUCACAUGAAAUGCUACAAGGAGGAGAUCUUUGGCCCUGUGCUGGUGACUCUUGCUGUGGACACCCUGGACGAUGCAAUCCAGGUGAUCAAUGAGAACCCAUAUGGCAAUGGCACUGCAAUUUUUACCACUAACGGAGCCACGGCCAGGAAGUUCACCUACACUGCUGAUGUUGGCCAGGUGGGAAUCAAUGUGCCCAUCCCCGUCCCUCUACCCAUGUUCUCCUUCACUGGCUCCCGAGGAUCUUUCUUGGGGGAUGCCAACUUCUAUGGAAAGGCUGGAGUCAAUUUCUACACGCAGUUGAAGACAGUAACACAGAUGUGGCGAGAGACUGACGUCACACCCACACAAUCGGCAACAGCCAUGCCAGUCAUGCGCUGAACAGCUCAAGUAAUGGCAAGACAAGUUCCUGUUGAGUAACAAUUGUGCAUUAUAUAACAGGUUGUAAAAAAUGUAAUUCAUUAUUUAAGUAGAUACAUGUAUUUUUAAAUUUUACUUAGAAAUAAAUUGCUCCUUUCAACUUCACUUGGCAGACAUUCCAGUUAUGGGGAGUUAUAAAUUACUAAUCCUUCAUGAUGCUGGAAGGGCAUUUGUAAAUUUAAUUUUUCUUGACUCUUGGCAGCUUUGUGGCAGGGCAUUUGUAAAUUUAAUUCUUCUUGACUCUUGGCAGAUUUAUAAAACAAAUUUGCAAUACAGAUUUUUGUAUUAACAAUGUAUUAUUUCUUACAGCCACUGCAGAUUCCUUGUACUAUAUAGUGUUUUCAUCCAUGGUCCAGUUUAUUGCUUGUGGGUUUUCCUCCUAUAAGAAAUUUCACAGAACAAACACCAUUUGUUACCCCCUACAGAGCAUUUUGUUCUUAGGUUACAGUUAGGCAAAUUAAUAGAUUAGUAAUUAACUAAGUUAGUUGCUAAAAGAUAUCUAUUUUAUCUUACAUAAUAGAUAACAAUACAGGGAAGUGAUGAAUAUUGAAUGAGAAAUAUACAUUUACAAUCCUUCCCUUGCUUGUUUGGGUUACUUAAAGGAAUGUUACUGUACACUAUUGUCCACAAUGAGUACUCUAACCCAAGUUGUGACAGAUACCUGAUACAUUGGAUUUUGCUGAUGAUCCUUCCUAUGUUACUGUACACUAUUGUCCACAAUGAGUACUCUAACCCAGGUUGUGACAGAUACAUUGGAUUUUGCUGAUGAUCCUUCCUGACUUAAAAUUCAGGAAAUCAUGUGCUUCCUGACUUGAGCCAAGUCACAUUAAAAAACUGUUUUCCACAAGGUUUACAAUGAUAAAAAAAGGUACAAUGAUAAAAAAAGGUGUGCAUUUUCUAA